AUGUCGACAGCCCUCGUCAUGCUGGGCUAUGAUACCUCUCUUCUGAGCACGCUGUAUGCCUACCCAUCCUUCCAGAAGAAGUUCGGCGAGAAAACGGGUGACGACGGCUAUCAAGUUCCUGCGCGAUGGCAAGCUCUCAGCAACUCCGCAACCGCUGGUGUCAUUCUUGGGCUGAUUUGUGUCAGUUGGCUUGUCGACCAGUAUGGCUCGGUCAGUCUGGCCUCGUAUGUCUUGAUAGUAGCGCUCAUCUUCAUCCCGCUCUUCGCGCCCAAUAGAAUGUGCCCAUGCUUUUUAAGCUGCCUGUUUUCUUUUUGUACUCAUUGA